CGGCCUCGCACUUCAUUCGUGUUUCCGGCGUGAGAUGGCGGGGACGCGGGUCAGGCCGUCCGUCGUGGAUCGUUAUUUUACCCGUUGGUAUAAGACAGAUGUAAAAGGUAGGCCCUGUGAAGAUCAUUGCAUCUUACAGCAUUCUAAUAGGUUAUGUGUUAUCACAGUGGCAGAAUCUCACCCAGUGUUACAAAGUGCCAGAAAAAUAAAAAGUAUUAGCUACCAAAUCAGUGCCAACUGCAGUCGAUUACAAAACAAGGUCUCAGGAAAAUCUAAACGGGGUGGACAAUUCCUGACAGAACUUGCCCCAUUGUGCAGAAUAAUGUGUGAAGAUGGUGAGGAGUACACAAUAUACAGCUGUAUCAGAGGACGGUUAUUGGAAGUAAAUGAAAAUAUUCUCCAGCGGCCCAGCCUUCUACAAGAAAAGCCUUCCACAGAAGGAUAUAUUGCUGUUGUGUUACCCAAGUUUGAAGAAAGCAAAAGCAUAACCCAAAAUUUAAUUAACCAGGAGAUAUAUGAAGAUGUAAUUUUGAAGAGAGACAGUACGGCAGCAAAACAGUUAAAUGCUGACCUCCGUGAUCCUGUAUCCCUUGAUAUAGCUUGAAGAACUGAAAGGCAUGCAGGAGCUUUCUGAAACUGAAGUAAUGACUUUGAAAUCUUUUUGAAGCUUACUGCUUCUAAACGUGAUAAUUUGUUCCCAUCGUGUAUCGGAAGUGUACAUCAUUGUUCAGUGCAUCACAGUAUACGACUGUGCCUUCUGUAGAAAACAAAAAUCUCCUAAAUAAUGGACUGAUUAUCUUGGGAUUUAAACUUGCUUUCUGGCAACUCCCAUUGAUUCUAAAUACAUACAUUUAGUUCUAUUUAUGUAGUAUGAAUUGGUCUUAUUUACCCAAUAUUUAAAUAGGAAAAAUAAUUGUUAAUAGUUUAUUAAGGCAAGUGUAAAAGGACUUACUAAGUCAUGUUUGUAAUUCCCACCCUCGAGCUCCUGUGCACACCAAGGCUCUGUCCUCAAGUUCCCUUGAAGCAAACUGAGUUUACUGAAAUGAUAUUGUAUGACGGUGAAUUAAGAAUGUAAGCAAAAUAGCAAGAAAGAGUUGAGAAUUAGCUUUAUCACAUGUACACUGAAACAUAAAAUCCACUGUUUUGCAUCAAUGACCAACACAAGCCAAGGAUGUGCUGUGGCACCCCACAAGUUUUGCCAUGCUUCUGGCACCAAUAUAGCUCACUAACCCUGCCUUUACAAAGUGGGAGGAAACCUACGAGGUCAAAGAAAGAAUGCAAAUUUCUUGCAGCAGCAGAAAUGAAACCCGGUCAGUGAUCACUAGCACUGUAAAUCAAUUCAGAAUCAGGUUUAAUAUCACUGGCAUAUGUCAUGAAAUUUGUUGUUAAAUGGCAGCAGUACAAUUCAAUAUAUAAUAAAAACUGUAAAUUACAGUAA